AUAAAGACCAACGUCCAAGUCUCGGAGUCCUGCCUCUAGUUUUCCGUUUUUUAUUUAUUUUUCUUUCUUUGUUUUCUGCGUCUCUCAUUGUUUCUCUUCUACAAUCCCUCUUGAAAAAGAGGGUAAUCAGAGAGAUACAGAGAGAGAAACAUGGAAAGCAUAGCAGCAUGGCAAGGAGCGACUCUGUGUGGAAUCGUGGCAUGGAUUGUGAUGGCUUCACACCUCAAUGUAACCCGCAAGCUUAGAUCUUUCUUCCAACCAUGGGUGGCUCGCCAUGUUAUCAACGGGACCCCUCUCCUCCUUCAGAUCCAGAAAUAUGAGCAUAGGUUUCUGGAUGCUCUGUUCUCUGGGUUGUCCUGUGUCGUGUCUGUGCCCUUUUACACUGCCUUUCUUCCUCUGCUCUUCUGGAGCGGGCAUGGCAGAUUGGCGAGGCAAAUGACCCUUUUGAUGGCCUUUUGUGAUUAUUUAGGGAAUUGUGUGAAGGAUGUGGUAUCAGCUCCAAGACCCAGUUCACCACCUGUUAGGAGAAUAACUGCCACGAAAGACGAGGAAGAUAACGCAAUGGAAUAUGGAUUACCCUCUUCUCACACUCUUAACACGGUUUGCUUAUCUGGAUACCUUUUGCACUAUCUCUUGUCUUAUCCUCAGUAUGAAGAUCCCUCCAUCAAAUGUUUUGGGCUUGCCCUAGUUUGCUUGGUUGUGGGCCUUAUUGGUUUGGGAAGAAUUUACCUCGGCAUGCACAGUUUGGUCGAUGUCAUUGCUGGUCUCACCAUUGGACUGAUGAUCCUUGCAUUCUGGCUUACAGUUCAUGAAUAUGUUGACUUUUUUAUAGUCUCAGGACCAAAUGUUACGUCAUUUUCGGCCGCCCUAGGCCUCUUGUUGCUGUUUGCUUAUCCAACCCCUGAGCUUCCAACACCAAGCUUUGAGUACCACGCAGCCUUCAAUGGUGUAGCAUUUGGAAUCGUAGCCGGGAUCCAGCAAACAUACCAUCAGUUUCACCAUGAAGGAGUUCCACGUAUAUUUACCUCACAACUCUCAAUCCCGACGUUUGUGGGAAGAAUGCUGCUUGGGAUACCAACGAUACUAAUUGUGAAGUUCUGUAGCAAGGCUCUCGCAAAACGGAUUCUUCCUGUUGUAUCCAACACAUUGGGCAUCCCAAUUAAAUCAACCAGCUAUAUCCCAAAUCUAAAUGGAAAUGGGAAAAAAUCAGACGAGGUUAAACAAUCUGGUUAUAUCCAAAAGCUGUUCUUUUUCAACCGAACGGCUUUUGAUGUUGAUACAGGUAUAAGGUUCCUCCAAUAUGCAGGUCUUGCAUGGUCGGUGGUGGAUCUUGUCCCUUCCCUCUUCUCUCAUGUGAGCUUAUGAUGCUUGGUUUUCUCUGUAAAAAUAUGAUUAGUACGUCACUUGUAAGAAUAUGUCAUACGCUCAUUUUGUAUAUCAACCUUUACUAAGAGAACAAUCCAUUUUUCCCA